AUGGAUGUCUUCUACCAAUGCGAGGAUGUGCGCGACCACCUGAACGAGCUGGCAGAGCUUGCAACCCGCGCCAGUGGUUUCAUGGGCACUGGCUUUGCUGCUGAGGAGAAGGUAGAGAACAUGGAUGAACAUGCAAAGUCUGCUGCUGAGAGCUAUGAUAAGAUCUUGGAGAAGCACCCAGACUUCAAGCCCAAGAUUGAGCAGACCAUUGGACAUGGCCUGGCAAUCCUCCGUCAGAAGCACAAGUUCAAGUUUCAGAGCAUGCACCGUUACUUCUACUGA